GUGAGGUUAAAUUAUUGGACAUUUAAGGCGCCAAAGUUUAAGAUUGACAGAUAUACGUUUUGUUUAAUAAAUUUCCAAAACAACAGUCUAAUAGCUACAAAUAAAAAUGAGUAAACGUCCUUCUUCUGAUGCGACUCCUAGUCCCUCAAAAAUGAUGAGGAAAUGUAAGGACAUCUCCAGACCCUCUGUUGGAAAUAUAGAUUCUAUUAAAGAUACACUUAUAUUUCAAGAAUUAGAAUUAGAUCAUUACAUAGGUGCCCAUUAUCCUGGAAUGCCUGGGGCUCAGAGUGGUCCUGUACCGAUCAUAAGAACAUUUGGUAUUACUAAAAGUGGAAAUAGUGUAUGCUGUCAUAUACAUGGAUUUUCUCCAUAUUUUUAUAUAAAUGUACCGCAGUCGUUUUCAGAGUCAGACUGCAAACCAUUCAAGACCAAAUUAAACGAAGCUGUUGUUGCUGAUAUAAGGGGAGGCAACAAAGAUGGCAUCACAGAUGCAGUAUUAGCAUUAGAAUCGAUUGAAGGAAAGAAUCUUGUUGAAUACACAGGAGAAGAGAAUCAGAAAUUCGUCAAAAUUACUGUAGCUCUCCCUAAGUUCAUACCAGCAGCUAAACGAUUAUUAGAAAAUCAGAUUAUAUAUCAACCUCUAUCAGGUCAUUCAUUCACAUUCUUUGAAUCUAAUGUUGACAUUGAAAUGAGGUUUAUGAUAGACACAAAAAUUAUGGGAUGCUGUUGGCUUGAACUUCCAGCUGGUAAAUGGUACCGCAGAAAUAAAUUUUCUAAAUUCCCAGUGCAAUCUAGGUGUCAGCUUGAAGUUGAUGUAUCAUGGGAAGAUUUCAUAGCCCAUUCACCUGAAGAAGAAAAUUGGUCUGAUGUAGCACGAUUUAGAAUUCAUAGUUUUGAUAUUGAGUGUGCAGGAAGAAAAGGUAUAUUUCCUGAACCAAAUGUCGAUCCAGUGAUUCAAAUCGCUAAUGUUGUCAGACUGCAUGGAGAAGAAGAUGUACUCAUAAGAAACGUUUUUACCUUGAAUACCUGUGCUCCUAUUGGACAUGCUGAAGUCAAAUGUUUCGAUAAAGAAGGAGAUAUGUUGGAAGCUUGGGCUAAGUUUGUAAGAGCAAUUGAUCCAGAUAUAUUCACUGGAUAUAACAUUAACAACUUUGAUUUUCCAUAUUUAUUGGACAGAGCUAAACAUCUAAAAUUAAAGGAAUUUGAUUUUCUAGGUAGAAUUCUUAAUUCAAGAUCUGUUGUGAAAGAAACUGUAACUCAAACCAAAAUUGGCAAGAGGACCUACAAAUCCAUUAAUUUUGAGGGUCGAGUGCCAUAUGACAUGUUGAUGGUGUCUAAAAGGGACUUCAAAUUGAGAUCAUAUACUUUGAACAGUGUUUGUCAAGAAAUCCUGGGUGAACAGAAGGAAGAUGUACAUUAUAGUAUUAUUACGGAUUUACAAAAUGGGGAUGAGCAAACAAGAAGAAGAUUAGCUGUAUAUUGUAUCAAAGAUGCUGAUCUGCCAUUGAGAUUAUUAAAUCAUGUUAAAAGUUUUACGAAUGAUGUUGAAAUGUCGAGAGUAACAGGUGUUCCCAUAACAAGUUUACUAACCAAGGGAGAACAGGUUAAAGUUGUAGCCCAGUUAUUAAGACAUGCUAGAGAAGCUGGAUACUUCAUGCCUGUUUAUGGUUACAAUCCAAGUUCAGAACAGUACGAAGGAGCCACAGUUAUUGAACCAAUACGAGGAUACUACACUGAUCCCAUAGCCACCCUAGAUUUCAGUUCUCUAUACCCCAGUAUUAUGAUUGCCCACAAUCUUUGCUAUACAACGUUAUUGAAACCAAAUGUUCACCAAAAGUUAGGGUUGACCGAUGAACAAAUUACCAAAACACCUGCGAAUUGCAUGUUCGUAAAAUCUUCAGUUAGGCCAGGACUCUUACCCCAUAUCCUUAAACAUCUUCUGUCAGCCAGAAAGAAAACUAAGGCUCUUCUGAAAGAAACCAAAGAUCCAGUAUUGAAGGCGGUUUUGGACGGUAGACAAUUAGCUUAUAAAAUAUCGGCAAAUUCCGUAUAUGGUUUUACUGGAGCUCAAGUUGGAAAGUUGCCAUGCUUGGAAAUUUCUGGGAGUGUGACUGCAUAUGGUAGAACGAUGAUUGAACAAACUAAACAAGAAGUUGAGCAGCAUUAUUGCACAGCGAACGGAUAUGAAGCUGAUGCCAAAGUGAUAUAUGGUGACACCGACUCAGUGAUGGUAAACUUCAAAGUUAAAACUUUGGAGAAAAGUAUGGAGUUAGGUAGAGAGGCGGCAGAAUUGAUCAGCAAAAAAUUCAUUCAGCCUAUCAAGUUGGAAUUUGAAAAGGUUUAUUACCCAUAUUUACUCAUUAAUAAGAAGAGAUAUGCAGGUUUAUACUUCACCAAUACAGAAAAAUAUGAUAAGAUGGACUGUAAAGGUUUGGAAACUGUUAGGAGAGAUAAUUGUACUUUAGUAGUAGAUGUUAUUAAUACCUGUUUACAAAAAUUAUUAAUUAAUAGAGAUCCAGAUGAUGCGGUAGAUUACGCAAAAUUAGUUAUUUCAGAUUUGCUACAAAAUAAUGUCGAUAUAUCGAAACUUGUUAUAACUAAAGAAUUGACUAAAGCUGAUUAUGCUGCAAAGCAAGCACAUGUGGAAUUGGCAAAAAAAAUGACCAAGAGAGAUCCUGGUAAUGCUCCGAAACUUGGAGAUCGUAUACCUUAUGUAAUAACAGCGGCAGCAAAGAGUGCUAAGGCUUUUGAAAAGGCAGAGGAUCCAAUAUAUGUUCUGGAAAAUAAUAUUCCUAUAGAUACUAAAUAUUAUUUGGAGAAUCAGUUAUCUAAACCAUUGGUUCGAAUUUUUGAACCUAUCCUAGGCGAAAAGGCUGAAUCUGUUUUAUUACGUGGAGAUCACACUAGAACUAGAACAUUGGUUACAUCAAGAAUAGGUGCCUUAUCAGCUUUCACCAAAAAGAAAGAGACAUGUAUUGGUUGCAAGUCUGUAUUGCCAAAUGGCUAUGAGAAAGAAGCCGUGUGUAAUCAUUGUAAACCAAAAGAAGGUGAACUUUAUCAGCAAGAGUUGUCCCAUCACAGGAUGUUGGAAGAUCGCUUUUCACAACUUUACACGGAGUGUCAAAGAUGUCAGGGAUCAUUGCAUGAAGAAAUUUUGUGCAGCAGCAGAGACUGUCCUAUUUUUUAUAUUAGAAAAAAAGUGCAAAUGGAGUUGGAAUCAAGUAAUACUAAAAUUUGUAGAUUUGGACAACCUGGUGUGGAGUUGGAAGAUGAAUUAUUCUGAAGUUUUAUUUUUCACAUGACUUAUUGUAUUUUUAUAUGAAUGUUCUCAAGUAUUAUAUUAAUUUUGAAUGAUUAAAAUUUUGUUGAAUGGA